UCGCCGCCGCCGACGCCGCGGUAGCUGGGUGUCGGUGAGAGGAGGAGCUGUCGCGGAGCCCUGGGGGUCUGUCUCGGUCGCUGUUUUUGUCUGAGGAGCCUUCCUUCCUCGGUGGUACCCUGACUCCCGCGGUGUCGAGAGGGAGUCCCUGCGGACACCUCAGCACGCAGUGGAGAUGCCUCUCUUUGCCACCAAUCCCUUCGAUCAGGACGUCGAGAAAGCAACCAGUGAGAUGAAUACUGCUGAGGAUUGGGGCCUCAUUUUGGAUAUUUGUGAUAAAGUCGGUCAGUCUCGCACUGGACCUAAAGAUUGUCUUCGGUCUAUUAUGAGGAGGGUGAACCAUAAAGAUCCUCAUGUUGCUAUGCAGGCUCUGACUCUUCUAGGAGCGUGUGUAUCAAAUUGUGGCAAAAUUUUUCACUUAGAAGUAUGUUCAAGAGAUUUUGCUAGUGAAGUAAGCAACGUAUUAAACAAGGGUCAUCCUAAAGUGUGUGAAAAAUUAAAGGCUCUUAUGGUUGAAUGGACGGAUGAAUUUAAGAAUGAUCCACAACUUAGUCUAAUAUCAGCAAUGAUUAAGAACCUUAAGGAACAAGGUGUUACAUUUCCAGCUAUUGGCUCUCAGGCUGCAGAACAAGCAAAAGCAAGCCCAGCUCUGGUAGCCAAGGAUCCUGGUACUGUGGCUAACAAAAAAGAAGAAGAAGAUUUAGCGAAAGCCAUUGAGUUGUCGCUGAAGGAACAAAGGCAGCAGUCAACCACCCUUUCCAAUUUGUAUCCAAGCACAUCUAAUCUCUUAACUAACCACCAACACGAAGGCCGAAAAGUUCGUGCUAUAUACGACUUUGAAGCUGCUGAAGAUAACGAACUUACUUUUAAAGCUGGAGAAAUUAUUACAGUUCUUGAUGACAGUGACCCCAACUGGUGGAAGGGUGAAACCCAUCAAGGCAUGGGGUUAUUCCCCUCUAAUUUUGUGACUGCGGAUCUCACUGCUGAACCAGAAAUGAUUAAAACGGAGAAGAAGACGGUACAAUUUAGUGACGAUGUUCAGGUAGAAACGAUAGAACCAGAGCCGGAACAAGCCUACAUUGAUGAAGAUAAAAUGGACCAACUGCUACAGAUGUUGCAAAGUACGGAUCCCAGUGAUGAUCAACCAGAUCUUCCCGAGUUACUUCAUCUUGAAGCCAUGUGCCACCAGAUGGGGCCUCUCAUUGAUGAGAAGCUGGAGGAUAUUGACAGAAAACAUUCAGAACUCUCAGAGCUCAAUGUUAAAGUGAUGGAGGCCCUGUCCUUGUAUACCAAGUUAAUGAAUGAAGAUCCAAUGUAUUCCAUGUAUGCAAAAUUACAGAAUCAGCAGUAUUAUAUUCAGUCAUCUGGUGUUUCUGGUUCUCAGGUGUACCCUGGCCCUCCUCAAAGCGGUGCCUACCUGGUCGCAGGGAGCGCGCAGCUGAGCCAGCCCCAGAGCUACAGCCUUCCCCCAGAGCAGCUGUCUUCUCUCAGCCAAGGAGCCGUGCUGCCUGCCAGCCCAGCCCUUCCUAGUCAGCAGGCUCAGGCUUCCUACCCCAACACGAUGGGCACUUCCGUUCAAGGAGGCACGUAUCCCAGCCAGGCUUCAGUGUAUAGUCCUCCUCCUGCCGCCCCCGACGUCACCAUAUACCAGAACGCAGGGAGCAGCCUGUCCCAGGUGCCGAACUAUACUUUACCAUCGGCGCUGCCCCAGCCGCCUCCGCCCCAGCAGCCGUACUCUCCGAAGGCCCUGCUGUAGGGCUGGGAUUCCUCUUUGUGGCAAAUACCUGCUAAACGCCGAUGACAAUGUUAUGAGAUUCUUUGAUAUCUUACGAUUUGUUUAUCCUCAGCUUAUAGGAAUCGUAUCUUGGUCAGCAAGUUCCAAUAUUCAAGAAGGGAGACCUCUCUUCAAUUUGCACUGACUUUUUAGAGGUCCUCCCCUCGCCUUCCCCCAGAGGAAUGAAACUACUUACAACAUCUAAUUCCUUUCGUAAUAUGAAAGAAUCAGUGCAAGAUUAUUUGUCUCGUAAAAUUACCUGGUCUGCAGAAAGUCAAACUGGCAAGCACCAUUGUGGCAGAUGUGUGCAUAGAUCGCUGUGUAACUUCACUCGUGGCCACUUUGAACCACGGUGGUGAUCAUGUGAAUAUAUUUAACACUGUUAACUUAAUUGACAUUGCUGUUAUAUUUUAAUCAUGAGCAACUACCAUGUUUCAUAAUGUUUUGUGUAAAUUUAAGAGAAUUACACUGUCCUUUUGAACUGCAAGAGAACAACGCUGUAGCCUAUGUACAUGAAGGCAUUAUGUUGUCCAUGUUUCAGUUUCCCAUUAAACUGAACCUUCCUUGGAGUAAUUGUGCGCUGAACACACGUAUGUUAUGUCGUUGUGUGGCCUCUGCAUACUACUAGCUGUCAUCACACCAGCGUACAGUAGCUAAAUUUUUGGUGCAUUUAUAGGAAAUGAUGAUGUUCCCUUUUAAACUUUUACAUUUUGGCAUGAUAUUUCAGAAUACUGUGGGACCAUGAGACAAAAUUAAGUUGGACCACAUUCUUUAUAUCUUACUUUUAAAGAAAUAAUGUUAAUUUCCUUUUUCCUAGUUGAAGAUAGUAAUUAGGUUUCUAAGCUGUAUACUGUGUUUAUUGGUGGCAGUGACACCAAAGAUAGAGGCAAUGGAUAGAAGCUUUGAAACUGGAAAGAAAACAUGAAUUACACUACGUUUUCAAAGUCUCUUGUAAUUAUUUAGGCUAUAACAAAAUUUGAUUCAUCUGUCUUAUUCCACUGCUAGUCUUUUAAAUAUGUCUUUAACACAGUGUAUCCUUCAAUUCUUCAUUAAAAUGGAUGUAAGUGGAUGUUUCAAAGUCAUCUAGAUUCCUGGCUUUGCUUAACAGUUUAUUUAUUCUUGUCUUUCAAACGGGAUUUAUGGGCUGCUCUCUCUCUUAAAGUUCUAAAUGGAAUUAUUUUGGCUUCUUAUUCAGGAGUAGUUUGAAUGAAUGCUUUCCUUUUAAUCCAUAUGUAAUACGUUUUCUACUGACAUUUUAAUCUCCUUAAAUAUUUAUAAUUUCCCUAGUUUUGUGCUAUUAUUUAAACAACUGAAAAAUUGAGUUGAGCAUCGUAGUAAAUGAAUUGAUUUAGUAACAGGUGUCACACCAUAAUUGAAGAUUUAAUUUAUAUUUUCUGAGACUAUUAUGAUCAGGUACUUGCUUUCCUUUUGGCAAAUGAUUCCAUCUUUGGCAAGGUAGGUUCAAAUUUAAAUCCUCAUCUUCAACUUAGGGUGUUUCACCCUAGUGUUGUGUUUUCCUGAGUUUAGAGUACGUUGCCCUCAAAUAGUAAUUUUAAAAUUUGAAUUCAAACUUUACAUUAAAAUUUUUUUAAUACGUUGUUUUUUGAUGAACAUUGUCAAAACAUUGUACUCUUUCUCAUUCCAAUUUGAAUACUCUAGUUUAAGUGAUACACUUCGUCUCAAGUCAUAUUGUAUUUUUCUCUUUGUCUUUUGAUGAAUUCCUGUUUACCAAUGGCAAAUGUAUCAUGUUUCCCAUUUUAUUUUGAUAUGCUUCAUGAUGUAAAAUUAAUGAUAUAUUCCCUAGUAUGUGUUUUGCCCUGUAAAAGUCAAAGAAUGGUGAAAUGAGAAAAGACUCCCUUUAUUACAA